AUGCCCAGUGAGAGCGUCAAGGUAGUCGUUCGAGUGCGUCCGCUCUCUCGAAAGGAGCAGCAAGAUGGGCAUGUCGCGACAACUGUAGCCGAGGAGGCGCGGGGCACCAUUACUUGUACCAACCCGAAGGCCGAUGCGUCCGACCCACCCAAAUCAUUUACUUUUGAUGCGGUUUUUGCAGCAAAUUGUACACAGAAGUCCAUCUACGACAAGUGCGGUGCUACGGUUGUCGAGGCUGUGCUUAAUGGUUACAACGGAACUAUAUUCGCAUACGGUCAGACGGGGGCAGGAAAAACUUUCACCAUGGAAGGCGUCCCCGACCCACCUGAACUCCGUGGUAUUAUUCCCAACGCUUUCCAACAUAUCUUCGAUAAGGUUGCUGUUGCUGAGGAGCAUCAGCACUUCCUUGUGCGUGCAUCCUACCUCGAAAUUUACAAUGAAGAGAUUCGUGAUCUUUUGUCAAAAGAACCGAAGAACCGAUUAGAUUUAAAAGAAAAUGUAGACUCUGGCGUUUAUGUGAAGGAUCUUACCUCGUUUGUGGUGAAAUCAUCGCAUGAAAUUGAUCAAGUAAUGCAGGCAGGCAAGAAGAAUAGAUCAGUGGGCGCGACGCUUAUGAAUGCUGGUUCUUCGAGAUCUCACGCCAUCUUCACCAUCAUCGUGGAGUGCGCAGAGGUGGAUGAAAAACGCGGUGAGCACAUACACGUGGGCAAAUUAAAUCUCGUUGACCUGGCUGGCUCGGAACGUCAAGCGAAAACAGGGGCCACCGGCGAUCGGCUGAAGGAAGCAACAAAGAUAAACCUGUCCCUGUCUGCACUAGGGAACGUCAUUUCGGCUCUAGUAGAUGGUAAGUCGCAGCAUAUUCCAUAUCGUGAUUCGAAGUUGACUCGUCUACUACAAGAUUCAUUGGGCGGAAACACAAAGACUGUGAUGUGUGCCAAUUGCGGUCCGGCGGGCUAUAACUUCGAUGAGACCAUUUCCACACUCCGGUAUGCAAAUCGUGCAAAGAACAUCAAGAACAAGCCAAAAAUCAACGAGGACCCGAAAGAUGCUAUGCUGCGCGAAUUUCAAGAUGAAAUCAAACGGCUCAAGGAGCAACUAGCUAGUCAGGGGGUGGAUAGCUUUGGCUAUGGCACCGGUGAGGGUAAGAUAGUCACUGAGCAACGAGUGGUAGAGAAGGUCAUUGAGGUCGAGAAGAUUGUUGAAGUACAAGGAGCAGCGACAGAAGAGGAACUUGCCGAGCUCAAGGCAGCAGCUAACAAAGAGACCGAACAAAUGCGUCGUCAAGCCGAAGCUGAGAUGAAGGAGGUGUUGGAUUCCCAGACUCGCACCACGAAAGAAAGAGAAAAGUUGAAGCAGAAGCUCGAUGCAGAAGCAGAUCGUGCAGCGCACUCGGAGAAGCAGCGCCUCACUCUUGAAAAGAAGUUGCAGUCAAUGCAGGAAAAGCUCAUGCAGGGUGGUAAGCUCCUAGACAAGGCGGCGAAGCAGGAAGCCAUGUUGCGUCGCGCUCAGCUCGAACUGGAGGAGCGGAAAGAGCAGGAGCAGGCUCUCGCACGUCAGGUUCGAGCCAAGGAGGAAGAUAUUUUUGCGCUCGAGGAGAAAUAUGCUACGAAGCAGGACGAAGCCGAUGACAAAACCCGAAAGCUCAAGAAGCUCUGGCAGCGGCUUCAGACGUGCCAGGGCGAAACGCAUGAUGUGCAGGAGGAGUUUCAGCGCGAACGUGAGGACAUGCUGGACACAAUUCGCCAACUCUCCCGGCAGCUCAAGUUGAAAGAGCUACUGAUGAACAACUUCGUGCCUCCUGAAGAAGAACGAAAGUUUGAGCGCCAUGCAACUUGGAACGAAGAGGAGGAUACUUGGGCAAUCCGAGGGGUCGAAUUUGCCGGCAACAGCCGAAAGCCGAAAGUCAGUGCCUCCUGGCGCCCUGGUUCAGCAAUGGGCCGUGUGCGUGACCGCCCAGAUGCAGAUGAAAGUGCAGCAGGCAAAAUUUCUUUGAAUGGUAUACCGAAUCCAUACCAGCACUAUAAUAACGACGAUAUGGAGAAACAUCCUGCCAACGGGAACGAUGGCGAAGACAGGCCUCGAUCGAAAACAAGACCCAAAUCGGGACGCCCAACCCGGAGGCGCACCGUGGAUGCUUAGGCGAGCGCUAAUGACGCAUUUCCUUCAGUCACAAUGCGACUGCCUAACUCGUAUGCUGGAUGGAAUCAGAAGGUUGACCAGAGGACAACCGCCCGCCCCUCAGGGGGCACAGGACAGCCGCCCGUCCCCCCAGGGGGGAGCGCGAGUCUGCUCUGUGACAUGCCGCGUGCGUCGGAGCUCUUACGUACGCCCUAGGGGCCUUUGAAGGUUUAGCUCGCCGGUGUGUUAAGGCAAUGCCCGG